AAUUCCUCAUAGGAUUCGUAUUUCUCAACACUAAAACAGACGUUUUUGGGAACGGCUUCAGUUCGUCAAUAAGUGUGACCAUCACGGUCGCACGUAGGGUAAUAAAAUAACCCUAGAAUUGGUACGUACAGCGUGUGAAAAGAGAUAAGGAGAAAAAUGCAAUCAUACCGAACACGCGCAUAUGCACCAAAUAAUGUAUCCUUUCAUUAACCGACCCAUGACGCGGUGAUCAUAAAAUCUCGGAUGUGUUUCGGAUCGAACUAGAAAUGCAUCAUAAAGAAUCGUAAGGAACAGAAAAAAGACCAUUGCAUAGAUUUCCAAAAAGGCACAAUAUGUUUCACACGCAUCGACACCAAUACAUUUAAACAUCGGGUUCGGUUUAAUAGCUCCACGUUUUAUAGCUCCUUUUGAGCAGAAACCCACUUCAUUCUAUAAACCCGUUUUCGUUUGGAGCUUAGGACUCUGAACGCCUUUCCUUCGCUUUAUCUGGCCCGAGUUCCGCCGUCAAUAGGUUUUCAUUGUGCGGUUAGCGUUUGGAAAAGUAAGUUGUGUUUUUUUUUGCUCGAAAUGAACAUGAACCCCAUCGAAAUUACCAACUUUGGCGCCGUUGUCCAGUGCCCUUACAACAAAUCGCACACUAUUCUUGCGCAGCGUUUUGUGAAACAUCUGAUCAAGUGCCGGCGCCAACAUCCAAAUGCCAAGAUCGCUAUUUGCCCGUUCAACAGCUCCCACCACGUUAAUGAGCAGGAGAUGAAAGUGCACACGAUGACUUGCCCCGAUCGGGGACAAAUCCAAUCGUUCAUGUAUCCGAUCGGGUGUCCGGCAAAUCCGUUGAUGGAUAGUACGCUAGUUCCAUCUGAUCAGGGCGUAACUGGUGGAUUGAUGGACAAUACGCUGGUUCCGUCCGACCAAAGCGUAGCUGCUGGAUUGGUCGAUAGUACGAUGGUUCCGUCCGGAACUGGUAUACCGGAUGAGGCGGCACACUGCUCUACGUCCGAUUCAUUGUGCGAGGAGGAAAAUUGGGACGACAUGAAUGAGCCGCCGUACAAUCCGCAAGAGUAUUGCGAGCGCAAUCUGAUCAUCCGGAAGGCCACUCAAAAGACAAAAUUUCAAAGACGACAAUUUCGUGAGGCAGAAAGGAAACGUUUUGAAAUGCUGAAAAAUCGUGACGCUUUUCCUCAAAAUCGUGAAACUUGAUGUGUGUGUGUGUGUUGCAGAAACCAGAAAAGGAGAUAUUUGCAGAACUUUUUUUUUAAAUUGUAACAAAUAAUUUACAACAGCGAGUCCCUCUUUUGCAGGACAACUAGAAAUUUAGACGUGUGAAAAAAAUGCACCGACAGCAACCAUUGUAUCCAUCGAUAAUGAUGUCAAAAUAAAUCUUCUCCAAUCAAAUAAGCUACAGCAAAUCCGCCUUUUUGUGUGAACAGACGCGAACUAAGAAAGGUUGUUCCCUAGCAGACAAAUUGCAGUCGAAAUCAAAUUUCCAUAUUUUUUCAGCAUUAUUAUGUUCUUCGGCCGAGGAUUGCUUUGUUACGUGAUGGACACAUGCUUAAAUAGUUUUAUGUGACAAAACUAUGACAGUUGACUGCGCCAUAACCAUCUUCUACCCUAUCUAUUUGUUUUCGCCUGUUGUGUCGGAGGUUGUUUUAUCAUAUUUGUUCUUAAGUUUGUUGUUAUGAUUGUUCCUUUAGUUUUGCGAUAACAAAUACAAUAACAAUAUAUUGCUCUUUCUGCUUGAGCAUAAGUUUAUUGAAACUGAAGUGGACUAAUAGACUGUUGGUGCUGAAUUGAAUAGUUUCUGCUGGCCGCAGGUGGUUUUGUGUAUCCGAUGGUCAUGUUAAACACGUUGGCUUGCCCUUGGAAACAUGAUGCUGCACAUAGAGCGUUGGGCAUGUUCGGGCGUCGCUAGUUAUCUUGGGGAAACGUUAGCAGAUGUUAGAAGACGCUUCCCCAUUCAUAACGCCAUGUGAUAGCUUUUUGCUAUCGUGAAAUGUGCAUCUUGCACAUUUCAUGCUAUGCACAAACGAUGUACACAUUUUUGUAUAAAGUCCUUGUAGGUUAUGUUGUAGGUUUAAUACAGAUUGCAGAAUACAGGGGGCAUCUAAUUGAUUUCAGAAUUGACUCCAAGCUUAGGCUGCUUAGCUUAAAUUGUUUGAUUCUGACGCAUGGGGCUUCAAAGUGUCAGAGAGCGGAACUUGUUCCGACGCAAUGCGUUGCGAUUUUGCCAAAAUGUAUGGGAUUUGCCAGACGCAUGCGUUAACGACGCACGAUGCAGCGUCAAAGUAGAAAAAUUUCUAUUUCGACGCACGUUGUGAUGCGUCUGUCAAAACGAUUUAACCAUAUCGAGUGAAAGUCGAUAUAUUUUCAUGUUAAAUUGUUUCGAUCGCAGUUUUGCGUGUAGCUGGACUA